GAAUAAAUACAAUGUCAUUCACUCAAAUUUAAUAUACAUUGUAAACUGGUAGCAUUAACAUUCGAAAUGGAUAUUUUCGAAAAUAUUUGCCGCACUUGCGGCAACGACUGUUUGGAUGCACUGGACAUAUUCGACGAUAGUGUUUUGGUGCUGGAUAAAAACAUUCUGAUAUCGGAGAUAUUGUCGUCGUGCUUGCCCAGCUCGGCAUCAUUACCAGCGUUGAGCGAGGACGAUGACUAUCCCAAGCAGAUAUGCCGGGUCUGCAUCAAGAAACUGGUUAUGAUUUAUGAAUUUAAUAAUAAGUGGAUAACGGCAACUAAUGAAUUCACUGUGGCCUUAAAGUUUGAGCAACGUCGCAAUCGAUCCCGCUUCACGCAGUCAAUAUCCCCUAACGAUCAGUUACCACUCAAAUGCACAGGAAAAGCAAUUGAAACAAAGCUGGAAUCUAUAGUGCCAGCCCAUGCUACUGGCAUUAAGGCAGAAACAAUUGUGUUCAAGCACGAGCCAAGCGAGGGUACCGAGAUUGCAGACCUAAUCGAAGAGGCUGAAUUGGUCCAGGAUAUGGCCCCAAGGACCAGCAUAUCAAUCAUAUCGGCAACGAAUUAUCAGUGCGCUUUGUGCAAUGAAUGCUAUCACACGCUGGCGGCCUAUCAAAAGCAUCAUAAAGUGAAUCAUCGGAACUCUCAGUUCAUGUUCUAUACGCCAGGACAAUAGACUCUGCUCUGGUCUCACUUUUAACAGACUUAUCUAUAUUAAUAUAUAUAUAUAUAUACCGAAACUA